CUUUCAGCAAUAUGGCCGCCAUAGUUGUUUAGGGUAAUGUGGCGUUCGACAAAACAGAGUGAAAUUGUUAAAAUAUUUAUUUGUGACGUAAUGAUGCAUAAAGUUUUCAGCGUUUUAUAGCAGUGUUUGAAGCGGAGACUGUGCUACACAUGUUUCUAGUUGGUGUUUAAAAUUUUCAAUGCAUACAGAUCGUUUUGUAAAUUGAACAGUCAACAAACUUUUGUUUAUUCCAUUCUAGUGGGUUUAUUAAUUUCUGCCGAGAAUACUCUAUUAUGAACCAUCCAUACGUUUCUUGAGAUAGUGGAAUAAGGACUGACGUCGACACAUUAGGUUAUGGCAAACUUGAAUUUCCAGCAAGCGCCUAGAAGCCUAGCCAGUGGCGGGGUGGGAGGCCGCGUGGGCUCGGGGCUGGUGGGCGGCGUGUCGGGCCAUGUGACGCCCACGUUCGGCGGCGCGCUGUCGCCCGGCCGCGGCGCCACCGCCAUGCCCGGCGGCGCGCCGCCCUCCAUGGCCUCCAGAUCCACACUCUUCGGACAGCGGGCGUUUGCAGACCGAAGGGUACCGAUGCCGACGCCACUAUCUCAGCCUAAUUCUAAUGCUAUGUCAAGUAUGGGCAACCUGUCCCGCUUCAACGCCGGCAGCAACUACCACUCGGUGUUCGGCGAGGGCGGCGACACGUCGACGCCGCCGCUGCUCGACCUCAGCGAGUUCCCGUCGCUCACCGCGCGCGGCGCCGGCGACCAGGCGCCCGCCGCCGCGCCGCCGCCGCCCGGCUCCAAACCGUACGUGGGUAUGGUGAAGCAGCCGACGUCGGAGCAGUCGGAGUUCACGAUGUCGUCCGAGGACUUCCCCGCGCUGCCCGGCACGUCGGCGGGCGGCGCGGCGGCGGGCGCGCUGGGCGCGGGCGCGGCGCUGCACGACCACAACCACGCGCCCGACAAGCCGCGCAAGGGCAUACAGACCGAGCCCGAAGUUGUCAAUCAAGGAGCGCAUACGGAAUUCUAUGGUAAAGUGACGAACAUACCGGAGACGAUGAUCCCGAACCAGUUCGGUAUCGUGGGGCUGCUGACGUUCAUCCGCGCCGCCGAGUCCGACCCCAGCCUCGUGUCGCUGGCGCUGGGGCAGGACCUCACGGCGCUCGGCCUCAACCUCAACUCGCCCGACAACCUCUAUCUCACCUUCGCCGGUCCCUGGGCGGACACUCCCUGCAGACCACAAGACAUGGACUACCACGUACCCCCCGAGUAUCUGAUAAACGGCUCCAUCAGAGAAAAGCUGGCGCCGCUACGACUGAGUCGAUAUAAGGAAGACCUAUUAUUUUAUUUGUUCUACUGUUUUGUCGGGGACGUCCUGCAGAUAGCAGCCGCCGCCGAAUUAUACAACCGCGAGUGGCGGUACCACAUGGAGGAGAAGGUGUGGAUCUCGCAGGCGCCCGGCAUGCCCAUGGUGGAGAAAACGCCCACCUACGAGCGCGGCACCUACUAUUUCUUUGACGCGCACAAUUGGCGCAAGGUGGCGAAAGAGUUCCACCUAGACUACAGCAAGCUGGAGGGCCGACCGCAGCUGCCGCCGCACGUGCUCACGUAGCGGCCCCGCGCCCUCUCUCACACACCUAUUGUAGUUUUGUUAUAUAAAAGUACAAGUUUA